GAUUAUCAGGCACGGCUGCAGGGCCUGACACGCAGCAGCAAAUCCUCCAUCACCAAGCUGACCAUCCUGGCACAGCAGAACGUGGCCUUCGCCAGCAGCGUCGUCUCCCUGGUAGAGGCACAAAUGGCCAAGGCUCCUCCAUCACAGAAGCUCCCUGUCAUGUAUCUUAUGGAUUCCAUCCUCAAGAAUGUCGGAGGAGAAUACCUGAAGGCUUUUGCCCCAAACCUGGUUGAAACAUUUCUCUCUGUCUUUGAGAAGGUGGAUACAAAUACUCGGAAAAGUUUAUUCCUCUUGCGCUCGACGUGGGACAGGAUUUUCCCUCUAGAGAAGCUGCAUGCACUGGAUGUCAGAGUCAGGUCAUUAGAUCCUGCUUGGCCCGUGAAACCUCUGCCUCCAGAUGGGAAUGCUUCUGGCCCCCCUGUGAGUCCUCAGCGUGCAGCUCCCUCACCAGAGGAAUCCACUGCACCUACCUCUGCCAUGGCUGGUGCCUCUGUUCCUCCAGCUCUUGCUGAAAUCCCAAAGCCUUUGACGCAGGAGCAGCUGCUGAGGCAGCAAGUGCUUGAGAAGGAAAAGCAGCUGUUAGACCUUCGGCAAAAAAUCUUAGAGCUGGAGCAGGCUCAAGCACAGCUGGUGAACGUGCUGGGGGUUUGUUCUGAACUUCCCUCCAAAAUGAUCCCUGCCUAUGAUCUUGGUACUGUUCAGACAGAAGAGAUGACUUCAGCAGAGUCAGAAAGACAGGGUGGAAAACAAAGGAGAGCAAGUGCCAGAAAAGGGCCUGCUGAGGCACAGCCACCAGCUACACAUUCUCCACAAGGACUAGAGAGGAGAGCACUCAAAAGAAGAUUGAGAAGUUUGUCUCCCAUUUCAUCAUCUCCUAAACUUAGAAAGAUACAUCAGAUAGGCCCUAAGCAGUCUCAGCUGGAAGAAGACACACAAGCAGCAAGAGGUGGCAGAAAUUCUCAUCAGAGUAACGUCAAAGCAGAGGUGCAGGAUCAAAGGGCAGUCAACAGAGCCCGCGAAGGCAGUCUCCAAGGAACAGCAAGCCAGCAUCCUGCCAAAGCUUCUCCUGAUGCAAAGGAGUGUGCAGAAAACUGGAAUGGAGCAAAAUUGGGCAAGAGGUGGAAACCUGGUUGGGAAGAAAAUCCAAACUCACAGCGGGGUGAAGAACACCAAGCACUUGCUAAAUGCCCUCAUCAAAGACACCAGGAAACAUGGCCUGCUGCUGGAAGGAUUUUAUCACCCCGAGCACCAAGGCAGCAGCACUGCUUAGGCCUCAUGUUUGAGAGACCUCCAGGAGCCCUUCCCCUUUCACGCCCUGACAACCGCCUGGGACAGCUCCCCGUCAAUGAAUUAUUUGCUAAGCUGCUGUCAGCAGGGAUCCUGCACCUGCCAGACCCUGCUCCCACCUCAGCACAAGGGAAUGAACCAUCAGCCCAGCCAGCUGCUGAAGGGAAAGCUACUGAGCAGAAGGAAGAUGUUCCAGACCUCACUGACUUCCAAGUGAAAGAGCUUAGGCAGCGUUACAGCAGUGCCAUCAAUGCUCUGCACACUGGCAUCCAGUGUGGCUCCUGUGGGGUGAGGCUGGCCACGUCUCAGGACUACGCCAAGCAUUUGGACUGGCACUAUGGACAGAACCGGAGACAGAGAGCUGCGGGCAGAGCCGCGGCACACAGGCAGUGGUACUGCAGCUCAGCAGAGUGGAUUGAAUUUGCAGAAGCAGCUGAUCUGGAGAAGCCUGCAAAGAGCCAGAUUUUUGAAAGACCUCAUGAAGCUAUGCUGAAGGCACGAGAAGGUGCAAAGAAGGAGGAGAUUCAGAGCGUCCCUGCUGGACCAGCUGGAGCAGAUGAGAGCUGUGAGAUUUGCCAAGAGCAGUUUGAGCAGUACUGGGAUGAUGAAGAGGAAGAGUGGCGCCUGAGAAAUGCCAUCAGAGUUGAUGCCAAGAUUUACCACCCAUCUUGCUACAAGGACUAA